AUGGACCUAUCGCACUCUCAACAAGGCGUCCUGAUUGCCCUCCUCCGAAUCUUGCCUCUCGCCACGGCGACGACAAGCGGCGUAUUCUCAUAUCUCUCGCAUGAAUACGUUGCAGGUUUCAAGCAUCGCGACGUCACCUACGAGGCGCGCAGCGCCACUCUUCCUGGAUGGUGGAUCCACAUCCGGCCCCUCAGCCUCGUCGUGAUAUGGGGCAGUUUCAUCCCCAGCUUCAUCCUCGGGGUCCUCAACGCCAAUAACUCGACCAUAUUUGGCCUCCUCGGCGACGGAAGCAGGGGCGUUGUCGGUCCACUCGCUAGUCGUCUCUACCUCAUCGGUGGGAUAGUCAGCAUUGCUUACUUUGCUCAAACGGUGGCUCGUGGAUUCGUUCCGCUCCAGCUGAAUGUUAUGAUGGUGGCUAAGCAGCCGGCUGCCAAGCGGGAGGCUGCCUUGGACAAGUUCCUGCGCAUGGACUUUGUCCGUGGCUGGACGGCUGGAUUCCCGGUCUUUGUGCUGUUCCUGGCAGCGACUACCGCAUGGGUCGCGGAUCAGCUGUAA